GUGUGCUCCUGGGACAGCCCGGCCGUAAAGAUCAGGACCUAUCAGCCCUCACUGUUUGGGAUGGGACAUUUCUACUCACUUUGGAGAGGUUUUUGUUCACUAUUGUAACAGAACACUCGUUAACAGUUUCUAACGGCCAAAGGAGGCGGCACCCAAGUGAAAAAAGUUGCUUGCUCUCUUCACCGUCAUUAGUACGGAGACGAAGACUAGAGGCAGAGGCUGAAAUGUGGAUAGUCUAAGGAGUUGAAAAGCAAACUGAAGAAGCAAGCUUUGUGGUCAGUUCUCAGAGGAUGGUUCCUUAUUGCAUCUAGUCUGAAUUUUUAUCUAAUUACAUUCUUUGUUGACUGAACAUUCAGUUAAUUACGCUGGAUUCUUCUUUAAAUAAGUGAUCUCUGCCUGGACGUACAGUCCACUCUGCUGUCCUGAGGAGCUGUGUCUGAAGAGUGUGCUCGAAUGCAUUUGUCUCUGGAUACCAUAAACAUGGCAGACGAUGGCUGCCUCUCCACGGACAACUACCACGACAUGGGCAAAGGAGGGGGCUCGGGCGUUGGGGGCCGAGUCCACAGCAUUGAUGUUAUUCUGGGCUUUAGCAAAGACCAGGACCCCUUGCUCAACCCUGUGGGACCUGUGGGGAACCAUAAAUUGGAUGGAGAUGAUCUAGUUGAACAGGGGAAGCAGGUGACCUCUGACCCCUAUGCUCACCUGCCCAGCUUGUCGGACAGUUCCCAGCAGUCUGCUUAUCAUGAAACAGGACUCUUCUCCAGUGAUAAAUGUGAUGGUGACCUUGGAGAUCUUCACCGUGGAGGUGUGGAGAGUGAUAGCAGAUCUCCUGAGCCCCCUGAGGAAGACCAACCCAAGAAGAAGCACAGACGCAACCGCACCACCUUCACCACCUACCAACUGCAUGAGCUGGAGCGCGCUUUUGAGAAAUCCCACUACCCUGAUGUUUACAGCCGGGAGGAGCUGGCCAUGAAAGUUAAUCUCCCAGAAGUACGAGUGCAGGUGUGGUUCCAGAAUCGACGUGCAAAAUGGCGGCGCCAGGAGAAGAUGGAUACCAGCAGCAUGAAACUCCAUGACUCACCCAUGCUGUCAUUCAACCGGCCUCCGAUGCCCUCCAAUGUGGGGCCAAUGAGCAACUCCUUGCCCUUAGAUCCCUGGUUAUCAUCGCCACUUUCUAGUGCCACUCCCAUGCACAGCAUCCCAGGCUUCAUGGGCCCAGGCCAAAGCAUGCAGCCUGCUUACCCCAGCCACCCAGGAUUCCUCAACUCAUCUCCAGGCAUGGUACAGGGCAUGCAGCCCAUGCCACCUCCACCGUAUCAGUGCCCACCAGCAUUCAACGACAAAUAUCCACUAGAGGACGUGGAUCGCAGUUCCAGCAUUGCCGCUCUGAGAAUGAAGGCCAAGGAACACAUUCAGUCAAUGGACAAAACCUGGCAACCCAUGUGAUGCAAGGAUGGGAUUGUAUAGUUGGAAAAAUGAAACAGUGUAAAGAGUCAAAGAAUCUGUAAGAACUGUGCAAGGACAACGGGUACGAUCAGCUUUGGAUGUUGCAAGAUCUUUUGAAGAACUUGAUUAUAAGCACUGGUCAACAUUGACAGCAAAAGCUUACAAUCGUCUGCGCAUCCUGAUGAGACUCAACUGUUGUUUUUUGAAGCUCAUGGACUGAAGUGUUACCUGUCAUUGUUAGAGUAGCAAUAUCUUGGUUCAAAUCAAUUUGACUAUACUAAGGAAAAAAUACUAAGGACCUCAAUUAUUUCAGAAACCAGAGACUGGAGGUUCUAUUAAACUACAAGCAUUUGACACUAUAUACAUUUAUAGCAUUUGGGAAGCACUCUAGGGUGAAUUACAAAUUGAAUCGUGUUACAUAAGGAGUCUUGCCUAAGGACUCUUACAGGUGAUCAAACCUAAGUCUGGCAGGUGUCUGGCAUACUAACAUCUGCAUAUGCCAUGUCCCAAAGCCAAGGAUGCAGCCCUCAUGCACAGUUCAAAAUCCUUUGAAAACUAAUGGAAACAUCUAUGAGUGGGUGACAUGUUACAGCACUUAGGUUGUAAAUGAAAUUUUCUGAAAUGUUCAUUUUAAUGUUGUGUUUUGAAAUGCUGUGAUGUGUCUGUUCAGUCUACUACAGCAAUCUUGACUGUGCGUGAGUGGGUACUGAGGAGAAGGUUUUGUAUACCAAGGUGUCUCCUACCUCAGCUGCAACCUUCACUUUGAGAUGUGACAAUAGGCACUUUGACUUUCUAAGAAACAAGGAAUUCUUGGAAGGCAGUCUACAGCUAUGAGCUGCUGAGCUCCUUUUCUGCGCUGAUCUUCUUUGGUCACUGCCAGAAACCUCUACCCAUAUGUUAAAGGCAGCUCACGGCUUCAGGUAUCUGGUCUGGCAUGGUGGCCAAAUUGGGCAGACUUAAUACCUCAGACUUAAUGCUCAUCCUCAAGUCACCAUCAGGUGUCCUUAUUGGCUAGUGUCUCGCAUAUGGCAAUUCAUAUUAUUAUUCUAGUCUAAACAUUACAUUUUUCAAAACAGUAUGGAUCCAUUUGGCUAACUAAUAAAUAAUGAUCCAAGCUGAGAUUGGGAAUGUGGCAUUAUAUCACAUAUAACAGUCUGUGAUUCAGAGUGACUGUUUCUACAUGUUAUGCAUAUACUUUUUGAGUAGCAUCUUUGGUGUUAUCAAAAUACACUUUUCUAUAAGGCAUUGUAUAAAGUGCAAAUGACACCAAUGUAAGCUUGUCAUUACAACUUACAGAAACCUGCUUAAACAUUUGUAAAGGCUCAGUCCAGAAGGCAUUGGCCCUACGUACAAACUUCAUUACUUCUUGAAUCAUGAAAUUAUUAGUAGAAAGUUCAACAUAAAAUGUGAAAUGUUUUCGGUGCGUGAAAUCAAGCGCCAGCCUAUCAGUUUCUCAUUUACAAACAGUAUGAUUUACAUGAAGCACAACCUAAUUCAUGCAAAUGUUUCAGUAGGGAGCCAAUAACAAGGCAGCAUUCAGUGGUCCAGGAGCCAACGGCUGUGCUCAUAGGCAUUUGACCAAGUUUACAGUUACAACAACUACAAAAAAUGAAAUGUGAAAUAUACAACAUAAAUGACUUUACAGCUUAGCUUAGUGACAUCAUUUUGAAAAUGCUUAAAUGGCCACAUGAAAUGAAAGAUUUGUUCAACCAGCCUGGCAAGCUUUGUUAUAACAUUAGCACUAUGUCAGUAAAACCACAGCAGAGAUUUACAAAUCCAAUAUCAUUUUGCCCAAGAAAGUUUCAUAACAACUUAAUGUCAAAAAAAAAAGUCAGUCACCUAACUUAGAUGUUAUGCAACUUGACAUCAAAGCUGGCAAAUGCAACUUUUAUGACAAAUAAUGCCUUUUAGUGUUUAUAAAUGUUUGCGCAGUUGUCAUGAAGGGCUUAUACAGGUGUCGUGUAGCCUUCUGAAGGCUGCCAGACAGUUGUGUCACUGUUUUCUUUUAGCAGUGGUAAGAGAUUGUGUCCUCUACAUAACACUUGGAAAGAGACAAUGAAUGGUUUAAGCCAUGGCAGCAGACAUCCCCAUCCAAUUACUAUCAGGAUAUGUCUAAUUAGACCUAGAUGGAUAGAAAUACAUACAUUCUUAAACAUAAAUGUUCCCAACUGGUUCUUUGCUUAGAUGUAUGGAUCUGAGAAAAAAAAAGAAAUUCCACCUUUUUUGAAAAGUUUAUGCAUCAUUCAAUUAAUAAUAAAACAGAGUACUUCAGAGUGGUUUGAAGUGAAAUGGUUCACUGUAGAGAAACUCAUAGACUAUGAUUUCUUUACAGCAGUGGUCACAGGAAGCAGGGGUUGUAAUGUCCCCCUGCAAUGUAAUGAUAAUGGUAAAAUCGCCUUGCCUGUUCCAUUGAUUCCCACCAUGAAUGAAUAAUACAUUUUAGCAUAUUUGUAACCACUUCAUCUAUAGCAGCCUGUGGGGGAGCUUUUAGAUGCUUCAGGCAUCUGGCUCCCAUCACCACCACUGUAAAAAAUUUUGACUCCUUGAAUUUGUCUAGAACAAUGCAUUUGACAUCAAAUCACAUUGAAUGACUUAACUGUUUUAUUAUGCAUGUUUUUUGAACAAAAUGAUUAAAAUUCCUCUUUAACUGUUCUUUAAAGAAACAUCCAUUAAAAGCUCAGUCAUUAUUUGUUCUGCAAUGGCAUUGCUAAGAACAACCCUUAGUGGCACACUUAUUAUUAAGGUCUAAAGCACCUAUGUUAGAUUAAGGUCUGACGUGUCCCAAACGUUGCUGUUUUGUCUGUUUAAGCAUUGAUUCAGCUCUGUUUUGAAGAAAUUUGCUUAGGCCACCAGAAGUUGUUGCAGGGUAUGAGGUCAUCAACCAAUUGUAUAGCUGUCAUAGCGAGUGCGUGUGGAGACAUGGAAAGAGAGUCGCUUAGUGUGACACCCCCCACUGUUCAUUCAUCGCUCCGCAUUAUUGAUCGCCUGUCUUUGUCUAAAACUCUAAAAUGAACAGACAAAGUCAUGACUAAUAGACAUCACUGCUGUGUACUGGCCAUGAGACUCUGCAACUGCAAGAUCUGCAAGAUAAAAGCAAACUUGUACCCCAAUAGUUUCCUCACAUCAUCAUUUUACUCAGUUAAAAGUGCAUUUCCAUUGAUUUUCCAAACUUUCGGCAUAAUUAAAAGGUUAGAAUCAUUCAGAGUGGUUUGAUGUGAAAUGCUCCACUGCUUUGCAUUGUUUCACAGUGGUGGGUAUAGGAACCAGACAUUUGAAGAGCUUAAUGCAUCUAAAAGCUCCUUCACAGACACUUAUUGCACAAAGUGAUCAUGAAUACACUGCCUGAUGUCUGAUAUAUUGUUUUCUCAUAAUUCUAAAGCUUUUGGCCUAAAAUCUAUAAAAAUGUUUUUAACAUAGAAAAAUCGUGGUGGAGAGGUAGAUACAGGGCAUUGUAAGGUAAAAUAAUGCCUGAAGAAAACUUCUGAUAUACCAAAAUUUUAUCAACAUCAACAUUACAUAUAAUGUUAAGACACAUGUAGGUUUACUGUUGGUUUUGGAUAUAAAAUAACAAAU